CUGUGUUCCUUCCCUCAGCAGAUAUAUGAGUAACCCUACGUAUGCUUAUCCUUACCCUGCCCAACCUUACCCUGCCCAACCUUACACUGCUCAACCCUAUCCUGCUCAAGCACCCCCAGUAAUGCCACCUCCCCAGUACCCAGCACAACCACCCCAGUACCCAGCACAACCACCCCAGCCAGAGCCGGGUUGCCUUGAAAGAUGUGAGGAGGCUUGCUGGUGCUGUUACUACCUUGUCUGGUGUCUAAAUGAACUGUCAAACUGCUUUUGUUACUAGCUACUAGUUCCGUCGUGUAUUUCCAGUGUAAUGAUCCCAUUUCUUGUUGGAUCAUGUUGAUUUAAUAUCAGACUUCUUUAUUUUCUUCCUUCAAUCUUUGGAAUUUCUUUUUUAAACUUUAGAUUUUACUAUAUUAUUUAUUUGACGAAUGUAUUAGGACAAGAUUAAAAUAGCGCAAGCUAA